AUGUGGGGCGGAGAGAAUGUGGAGCAGAACAAAUCUAAAACCCCAAAAUUUUCUUUAUGUUGUUUGAAAGGCAGAGUCGUCCUUCCACUCCUGCAAAAUCCACCUCAGUUGUUGAGCGAUCUUUUGGAAAAUAAGCACCACAAGAGCAAGAAAUUUAUCGAGGAUAUUCGUGCAUACAACAUGAUGUUCUCAUUUACUUCGAUGGGUGGAAAAUUGGACAAUUCUAUUAACAAAGGUGCAGAUUGUGAAAUAGAACACCGUAUGAAUGCUGUGAGUAAAGGAAAUCCGAAAGAUUUGGAUGAUUCAAUUGUGCUUGAUCUAAAACAAAUGAUUGACAGCAACAGUCCUUAUGCCAAGAUUUAUCGAAUGGCUGCUGAUCAUAUAUCAAGGAAUACAUAUCUUGAUUUGAAAAUUCGAUUGAUAGGAAAGAGAUCAAAAGAUGGUCGAGCAUACAACAUGCCAACGGCACCAGAAGUUGCAGCUCUUAUUGUUGGAGAUUUUGAGACAAUACCCGACAAGAGAGAUGUAAUUGUCGAGAAGAGGUGCGGAAAACUUCAGCGCAUCGAUGAAUUCCAUCCUUCUUACCUUCUAUUGCAGUACCCGCUUAUAUUCAUUUAUGGUGAAGAUGGAUACUAUCUAGAUAUUCCACAUGCCGAAUUCGACGCAAGCAAGAGAAAUAAACUCACAUUAAGAGAGUUUUUAGCAUUUCGGAUACAAGACAGAGAGAAUGAAGGACACCAACUUCUACUUGCAAGACGUUUGCUCCAACAAUUUAUUGUUGAUGGAUACACAAUGAUGGAAACACAGAGGUUAAAAUGGUUUCGUCACAAUCAACCAGCCCUUAGGUCCGAAAGAUAUGUUAACCUAAGAGAUUCUAAGAUUAGAGGAAAUGUCAAUAGUUCAUUUGUUGGUAAACCAAUCAUACUACCGUCAUCGUUCACAGGAGGAAGGCGGUAUAUGAUAGAAAAUUACCAAGAUGCCAUGGCUAUAUGCAGGUGGACUGGAUAUCCGUCGUUGUUCAUAACUUUUACCUGCAACCCAAAAUGGCCAGAAAUCACAAGGUUUACUGCUAACAAAGGACUACGACCAGAAGAUAGGCCAGAUAUAUCAGUUCGAGUAUUUAAAAUGAAACUUCAAGAACUUAUAACUGAUUUGAAGCAGGGGAAAGUGUUUGGUGAACACACUGCACAUAACAUAGACAAUUUUAUAAAAGCAGAGCUACCAAGUAAAGAAGACAACCCCGAACUAUAUGAUGCUAUCUCUGAAUGCAUGAUUCACGGUCCUUGCGGAGCUGAAAGACCAAACUCACAUUGCAUGGUAAAUUCAAAAUGUUCAAAGGGAUUUCCAAAGAAUUACAGUAGUUGUACAAAAGUUGAUGAUAAUGGUUACCCAGUCUACAUGAGAAGAGACACAGGCAUCACCGUGGACAAAAAUGGAGUGGCACUUGAUAAUAGGUAUGUGGUGCCAUAUAAUGUGUUUCUAAUUAUGAAGUAUCGAGCUCACAUCAAUGUUGAGUACUGCAAUCAGGGACAAUCUGUGAAAUAUCUGUUCAAGUACAUCAGUAAGGGGAGUGAUAGGAUGGGAGCUAGAAUAACUGAUCAAAAUAAUGAUGAAAUUAGUGAGUACGUUGAUUGUAGAUACAUUUCUGCUUGUGAGGCUAUGUGGAGAAUAUUUGAAUUCGUAAUUCACCAUCGGACUCCACAUGUGGAACGUUUAUAUUUUCAUUUGGAAGGAGAGCAAACAUGUGUCUUUAGAGAUGGCGAUUGCAUAGAUAAUGUUCUCGACAAAAAAACUAUUGCAGAAUCACAAUUUCUGAAGUGGAUGGAAUUUAAUAAAAAUCACAUGGAAGCACGACAAUGGUUGUACAGUGAGUUCCCUCAGCAUUACGUAUGGGAAGCAGAUAAAAGAAAAUGGAAGAUAAGAGACAGAGGUGUUGCCGUAGGGACGCAUCUUCCACGUCCGUCCAUCUGCCGGUGA